AUAUUUUUUGGCUAGACUUUUAAUCUAUUAAAAACCAAAAUGUCCUUGCUGAGUGCUUUAAUUUUUCCCAUAUUCAACUGAUUUCUUGCUUUGUCACUCAAAUUGAAUUAUUUCUACAUCUAUCAAAAUCCACUCUAAAACUUUUACACACUUGCUUGACUAAUCUUUCAAUUUAUGAUUUCAUUUUAGUAUUCACAGAUUAAAAUUUUGUGGUCUCCUUUCAAGUAAUUGAAUAAACUUCACUUCACAAAUAUGGCUCUUUCGAAAUCAAACACUCUAAUCCAAGCUAUAAAGAAAUCCGUCAAUGUUGCUUCCAUCUUUGGCACCCAGUCAGUGCAACAGAGAAAUUAUGCAACGGACAAACGUAUCCAAGUCGACAAACCAGUUGUUGAAAUGGAUGGAGAUGAAAUGACAAGAAUCAUUUGGCAGAUGAUAAAAGAUAAACUGAUUUUGCCUCACGUCAAUGUUCAGUUAGAAUAUUACGAUCUUGGGCUGCCAUAUCGUGACAGCACAGAUGAUCAAGUCACAAUCGAUUCUGCUCUUGCUACAAUGAAACACAAUGUCGCAGUGAAAUGUGCAACCAUUACUCCUGAUGAAGAAAGGGUAGAAGAAUUCAAAUUGAAACAAAUGUGGAAGAGUCCCAAUGGUACAAUCCGUAACAUUCUGGGAGGAACUGUUUUCAGAGAGCCAAUUCUUUGCAAAGUUGUUCCACGUCUUGUUCCUGGUUGGACUGAAGCAAUUGUGAUUGGUCGUCAUGCUUUCGGAGAUCAGUAUCGAGCUACGGAUUUUGUUGCCGAAGGUCCUGGAAAAUUUGAUAUAAUUUACACUCCGAAAGGAAAAGAUCCUGUGAAAAUGGAGGUUUUCGAAUUCACUGAACAUGGAGGCGUCGGUAUGGCCAUGUACAACACUGAUGAUUCCAUCGCUUCUUUUGCACAUAGUUGCAUGCAAGUCGCAAUUCAGAAGAAAUGGCCUCUGUACAUGAGCACUAAAAACACCAUUAUGAAGAGGUAUGAUGGCCGGUUCAAAGAUAUCUUCCAGGAUAUUUUUGAAAAGAAUUAUGAAAAGCAAUUCAACGAUUUGAAAAUCUGGUAUGAGCAUAGGCUGAUUGAUGAUAUGGUCGCACAAGUCUUGAAAUCAUCUGGUGGGUUUGUAUGGGCCUGCAAAAAUUAUGAUGGUGAUGUUCAAUCUGAUAUUCUUGCCCAAGGUUUUGGAUCCCUCGGUCUCAUGACUAGCGUUCUGAUGUGCCCAGAUGGAAAAACCAUUGAAUCCGAAGCCGCUCAUGGAACUGUCACAAGGCAUUACAGAGAGCAUCAAAAAGGAAAUCCAACAAGCACAAAUCCCAUUGCUUCCAUCUUCGCUUGGACAAGAGGACUCGAACACCGUGGAAAAUUGGAUGGAAACCAAGACCUGAUCAAGUUCUCGCAAACUCUGGAAAAAGCUUGCGUAGACACUGUCGACUCUGGCACAAUGACAAAGGAUUUGGCUGGCUGCAUCCAUGGUCUAAAGAACGUCAAAGUCAAUGAGCAUUACGUUGUUACCAACGACUUCCUAGAAGCAAUUGAGAGCAACUUGAACAAGGCAUUGAAAAAAUAAGAACUUUAAUAAAUUUCUAGGUUUUAGAACAUAGUAGGUAAUUACCUUCAUACUUUAUCAAUGUCUCAAAGGCUGAACAGUUUUAUGCUUAUACAUCAUCGUGUUUAAAUGAAAUUUUAGUUAAUCAAAUUUUCCUGUCAUUUGUGAACAUAGUGUUGCAUUACUACUUUCUAUUUUUUAAACCAUGCCAAACUUCCUCUGAGUGACUGUCACUUAUUUAUUACUCGUUAUAUUUAUCUGGUCAAUAUGUUUAUUUCAAAUAGAAUCAGCCUGAUAUCAUUACUCUUCCAACAGUUGUGUGAGAUUUUUAUUCGUUUCAAUCUGAUUUCUAAGCGAUUAAAUUAAACUAUAAUUGUGAAUAUUAUUUCGAGAAGGGUUUCAAUGCAUUUGGAGUGUUGUAAAUGUUAUGUGAUGCUUCCAUUUAAUAGUGUUUCAAAUGGGUAUAGACUUCACUGAUCAAUUGGAAACAAGUUUUAAUAAUGAUAAUAAGCUCAAUGACAAGGUGCCAUUUCUAAAAGUACAAUUUUUUUCUGCUAGUUGUCUCGAUAUAGUGAUAAACAAGCAGUCUUUGGCUGUCGGUCCUGUAUUUUUAUUACCUCCAAAUAAUAUUGCAAUUGUUUAGGCUUUCAUGCAACAAUUGUGCCUUGAAAUCGUUAUUCGAAGGUGUUUAGUCUCAAUAAAAGUACGUUGGUGUUGUCAAA